CCGCCCGCGGAGAAUGCGACCGCCCGCCGUGGGCCGUGCUCUGCAACCAACUUGCACAUGAUUGGCUCCUUCGCCGCGCGUGAGCGGUCUGCAAUCUGCAGCCGCUAAAAUUACGGCGCCUAUGACUGAUGGAAUCGCAUGGAGUUCGGCAAACCGCCAAUCUUAUUUGCUCAAGCAACCCCGCGGGCUCGCUGCCAACAACGCAACAUUCAUCUUCAACUUCAACCUUGACUCACUGAUCAUGGCGAGCUCAGGAUCGCGGAGUCCGUCCCCUCCCCGCGCGCUCCCGACAGCACAGCCCGAGCUGCUCGGCGACGACUGUCUCGUGGAGGAGGAGGCAUUUUCGUGGUACGACCCGGACGACUGGUACCCGGUGAAAAUCGGCGACGUCUUCGAAUCUCGCUACCAGGUCCUCCUCAAGCUCGGCUUCGGCUCCGUCUCGACGGCAUGGCUGUGCCGCGAUCUGAGAGAGCACAAAUAUGUCACGGUCAAGGUCUACGUGACCGGCCACCGCCAGGCCCGGACCGAGUACAAAGUGUUGCAGCACAUCGGCUCCGUCAGUUCAGAUCACCCUGGACGAAAGCUGGUGCGUCUGGCGCUGGACUCGUUUGAGCUGCCCGGGAACAAGGGACCCCAUGUCUGCAUCGUGCAUGAGCCGCUGGGCCUGAGCCUGGCCGAACUCCGUGACAUGUUCGGCGGACAGAUACCGCCAUACAUACUCAAAGGUUUCGCCUACCGCAUGCUCAUGGCUCUGGACUUCCUCCACCGCGAGGCCCGGGUUGUUCAUACAGAUAUCCAGCCGGGCAACAUCCUGUUCGUCCUCGCAGACGCGACCGUCCUCGACAAGGCCGUGGAAGGGGAAUGGGAGAAGCCCGGCCUCCGCAAGGUCGAUGGAGACCGUGUGGUCUACUGUUCCACCGACUUAGGCGUCCCGGACGAUCUCGGCGAUCCCAUCAUUUGCGACUUUGGAGACGCCCAGUUCGGUGACCCGCCCUUUCUCGGUGAGGUGAUGCCCGAUCUCUUCAGGUCUCCCGAGAUCGUCCUGGCCAUCCCGUGGGACAGGAAGAUUGACAUCUGGGCCUUUGGGCUCAUGAUUUGGCACCUGCUCGAGGGUGACACCCUCUUCACGGAGAGACUCCCCAGCCGGGACGCGUCGACUCCGGCUCACUUGGCCAGAAUGAUUUCCCUGCUGGGGCCACCGCCACCGGAUCUGCUCGAGAAGGGCAACGUCACGGCCAACUACUUCAAUGACGACGGUAAGUGGCCCUCAGUCGGGCUCCCUCCGCGAACCUAACCUUUAUUAACCACUGGUCAUGUAGGCACAUUCAAGCAUCCCGACCUUGUGUCGGAAGCCACGCUGGAGGCGGAAGCGAAGGUCCUGGAGGGCGACGACAAGGCUCAGUUUCUCGACUUCAUCAGGAGGACGCUCAAGUGGCGGCCCGAAGACCGGCCGUCUGCUUACCAGCUGACAAACCAUC